CGCCGGCUGGGAGCCAGAGGGCGGGUGCGGAGGUGAGCGCCGGCACCUGGCUCGGCGCCCCGCUCCUCUGCGAGAGGCUUGGCGCGGCCGUUGGGGCCGUUGGAGGAGGCGGGCGAGCUUUGACCCCGGCCGUGGCUGGAGGAGGAGGUGGGAGGAGAUGCCUACAUAGAAGAGUGACAGCAGCUGGACUGAAUGUUUCACUGCUGAACUGGUUCCUCAGGUAUCCUGGCUCUGGUGAUUGCUAUGGGAGAGUGGAUGACUGUUACAGAUCCAGAUCUGUCUUCAGAUAGCAAAAAUAUCUGUCAAUAUACCUCAGAAACAAAGAUGUCUCCAUCAAGUUUAUACUCACAGCAAGUGCUAUGUUCUUCAAUACCUUUAUCAAAAAACGUGCACAGUUUUUUCAGUGCCUUCUGCACAGAGGAGAAUAUUGAACAAAGUGUUUCAUAUCUUGAUCAGGAAUUGACUACUUUCGGUUUUCCUUCAUUAUAUGAAGAAUCCAAAGGUAAAGACACAAAGAGAGAAUUAAAUAUAGUUGCUGUUUUAAAUUGUAUGAAUGAGCUACUUGUACUUCAGCGGAAGAACCUUCUAGCUCAGGAAAAUGUAGAAACACAGAAUCUGAAACUGGGAAGUGAUAUGGACCAUCUGCAGAACUGCUAUGCAAAACUUAAGGAACAACUGGAAACCUCCAGGAGAGAAAUGAUUGGGCUUCAGGAAAGAGACAGACAGUUACAGUGCAAGAACCGGAAUUUGCAUCAGCUACUGAAAAAUGAAAAAGAUGAAGUACAAAAAUUACAAAAUAUCAUUGCAAGUAGAGCUACUCAAUAUAAUCAUGAUAUGAAGAGAAAAGAACGUGAAUAUAAUAAAUUAAAGGAGCGUCUGCAUCAACUUGUUAUGAACAAGAAGGAUAAAAAAAUAGCUAUGGAAGUUUUAAAUUAUGUGGGGAGAGCUGAUGGAAAAAGAGGCUCCUGGAGGACGGGUAAAACUGAGGCCAGUUUCUUUCUCAGGAAUGAAGAUGAAAUGUAUAAAAUUCUCUUGAAUGAUUAUGAAUAUCGUCAGAAACAAAUCCUAAUGGAAAAUGCUGAACUUAAGAAGGUUCUUCAGCAAAUGAAAAAGGAAAUGAUUUCUCUUCUUUCUCCCCAAAAGCAGAAACCUAGAGAAAGAGCAGAUGAUAGUACAGGAACUGUUAUCUCUGAUGCUGAGGAAGAUGCUGGGGAACUGAGUAGGGAGAGUAUGUGGGACCUUUCCUGUGAAACUGUGAGAGAGCAGCUUACCAACAGCAUCAGAAAACAGUGGAGAAUUUUGAAAAGUCAUGUAGAAAAGCUUGAUAACCAAGUUUCAAAGGUACACUUAGAAGGUUUCAAUGAUGAAGACGUAAUCUCACGACAAGACCACGAACAAGAAACUGAAAAACUCGAGUUGGAAAUUCAACAGUGUAAAGAAAUGAUUAAAACUCAGCAGCAGCUUUUACAGCAGCAGCUUGCUACUGCAUGUGAUGAUGACACCACUUCACUGCUUCGAGACUGCUACUUGUUGGAAGAAAAGGAGCGCCUCAAGGAAGAGUGGUCCCUAUUUAGAGAGCAAAAAAAGAAUUUUGAAAAGGAAAGACGAAGCUUUACAGAAGCGGCUAUCCGCCUAGGAUUGGAGAGAAAGGCAUUUGAAGAAGAAAGAGCCAGUUGGUUAAAGCAACAGUUUUUAAAUAUGACUACCUUUGACCACCAGAACUCAGAAAAUGUGAAACUUUUCAGUGCCUUCUCAGGAAGUUCUGAUCGGGACAGUCUUACAAUGCACUCAAGGCCACGGCAAAAGAAGCCUCAGAAUAUGUCUAACGGGUCUCCAGUUUGCACAUCUAAACUUACGAAGUCUCUUCCCGCUUCUCCUUCUACUUCAGACUUUUGCCAGACACGUUCCUGUGCAUCUGAACAUAGUUCAGUCAACGUACUGAAUAUAACUCCUGAAGAAACUAAACCAAAUCAGGUUGGAAGAGAAUGUGCAAAUCAGAAGUGGAGCAUGGCAUCGAGACCUGAGUCACAGGAAGGUUGCUAUAGUGGGUGCUCCUUGACCUACACCAACUCCCAUGUUGAAAAAGAUGACUUACCUUAGACGUGUGGACUGGAACUGUUUUCAUUAACACAUUCAUCAGAUUUCACAUCUAAGUUGAAACAGGGUGUGUCAUAAAGUCAGUCAUCUCUACUAAUUUAAGGUGGUCUGAGUUGUUUGUUUGGACUUUCCUGUUCCUCCCCCAAAGAGCUAAAAUGUUAAAUCUAUUUAAAAGGAUAUAAAAGCUUUGGAUAAUGUAUUUUUAGUAACAGAAGCAUCUGGUUCUGUGAAUAAAGGAAUGUAUAUGUUUGGUCGAAAACAGAAGCACUAGAAUGAGUUUCCUCUUAUAGGUAUUAAAAAUAGCACUUUUAGGAAACUGAUUAUUGUAAAUGUUUAAUUUUGUCUCCUAUAUAGUUGGCAUUGGAAGUUUAGCCUUUACUUGAAUGUAUACUGUAGAUUUUUAACAAAGCAAGUUCUAUAUUUAUUAUGUUUAGUGUGAUUUGAAAUUUCCUCUUUCAUAUGUUUUAAAUAAAGUGAAAUUUAUGUAUGUUUUGUACAUAGAUAUACAUGAUUAUGUUAAGAGGCUUUAAGAUUUAAAAAUUUUACACAUCCAUAAUUAUAGUAUUUCAUGCCAAUAAAAUUUUUUUAGUGGUAUUCUGUUUACAGAUGUAUUAGAGCCAUUGCCACAUUAUGUUUAAGAAUUUUUUGAAUGCAUCUGAGCAAUAAAUACUCAAAAGCUGUUCCAUGAA